CUUUAAAAAUAUUUUCUUUUUUUGUUUUUUUAACAAAACCAUCUGUUUGAAAACUAAAAAGCUUUCAACGCCGCCGUUUCAAGGGUAAAUGGCAGUGAUUUGUCUGCAUCUCUCCGUCUCCCUUUCUGAAUUCCCGAAAGGGAAAGUUAGAGGGCAAGGGGCGGCGAGAAGAAUGAGCGGAGCGUCGACGGCAGCGUACUUGGCCCGACGAGCAGCGCAGAAGGAAAGGGUUCGGAUCCUCUACCGCCGUGCCCUCAAAGACACCCUCAACUGGGCCGUCCACCGCCACCUCUUCUAUCAAGAUGCAUCAGACCUGCGCGAGAGAUUCGAUGCCAACAAGCACGUGACUUGUAGUGUAUUCAAAGAUUUGGGUCUGUUUGGUGAUGUUGCAUUCUUCUUUGCUGGGUUUUCAGCAAGAUCUUGACACAAUUGACAGAAUGCUAGCUGAAGGUGAGGCAACCUAUAAUAAGUGGCGGCACCCUGAUCCUUAUAUUGUUCCUUGGGCUCCUGGUGGCUCCAAGUUUACUCGAAACCCAACUCCACCUGCUGGGAUUGAGAUUGUGUAUGACUAUGGUUGAGAAGCCAAUGACUAGAGCCUGCAUCACUUUGAUUGCAACAAAUAGAGGAUGAGAUGGUCCAUGAAGAUGGUCUGUGGUGCUAUGAACACGUUGUAUGUGUUGAUUUAUGUGAAGACUAAAACAAAGAAAAGACACUACCUUGCUGUACCUCUCUUUUUUAUUUAGAAAAGAGUUUCUGUUUUAUAUUUCAAUGUAAAGGCCCAAUUUUCAUUUUAAAAUCAGCUUUUGAUUUAUUUAUAACACACAUAAUCCCAAAUUGAAAGUGUAAUAAUCGUUCAGAAGGCCCAAAAAUUGCCUACCAUGAAUAUUAUCAACUACGUUUGUCUUCAUUCCCUUGUUUGAAUUAAUAAUUCAGGUUUAU